AUGGAUCACGAGGCGAGUUCUACUAAUGUGAACGGUGAUAAAACUGAUACACAAUCACAAGCGGAAGCAAAUGCUGAUAAUGCUUCGAGACACAGCUCACGUAUCGGAUCAGUUCGUUCGGUCCGUUCAGUUCGAAGUAAAGCAGGAUCUGUACGUGAAGCAACUGCGCUCAAUGAACGACGUACAUCGGGGAAGGCAGUUGCGUCACCAAAACCCAAUACAACUGCCAAUGGUGACGCGCAACUGGCAACUGUAAAUCAUUCGAAACCGCCAUCACCAUCCGUGCCAGCAAUGGAUGAAACAAAUGGUGAAAUAAUUCCUGAAGAACCAAUAAAUGUGAAAUCCGGCACGGAACAUAUUUUGGAAUAUAUUCAUAAGGUCGUAACUCUUCCCGGUUUGGAUGAAGAGAUGUGGACGGAAGAAGUUCAUUCACAAAUUCGUGAAUUUCUCAGUGAUUCAGAAAAUCGUAUCAUGUGCUUUUAUAUCGAUCGUGUUCUUGGCCUCUGUGUCGAAUACGGUGUACCGACAAAUGCGUUCUCACAUUUAGUCUAUUUUAUCAAAAAUCAACCGAUGCGAAUUACUGAAAAAGAACAAUUUAUUCGUGAUGUACAAUAUGGAAAUUUCGGUGGUAAACAUUUUUCAUCGCUUCUUCGUGUUAUGUCUGGCUUGUAUGCUCCAUUAUUUUUCGGUAAUAAGAUGUGGCCCGAUUCAAUUAAGAACGAUUUUGCUUCUCAACUACAUCGAUUUCUUGCAACAUUAACUGAUAUUCGUUGGCGUAUGGAAGGAAUAACAAAAUUGUACAUUCCCAAAGAAGGUCAUGAUAUUCCUGUCGAACAAGCUGCAAAAGAUAAAGAAUUAGUUCAACGACUGGAAUCAGCCAUGGUUCAUUGGUGUCGACAAUUGAAAGAUGUUUCAAAUUCUCAAGAUCAAUCAGCACUUAGUGAUGAUAGUGGACCACUGGAAGAAAUUGAAUUUUGGAAAGCACGAACACAAGAUUUAGUGGGGAUUAGUCAACAAUUAGACCAACCGUCUAUAAAACAUAUAACUGAAAUCUUACGAAAAGCCAAAUCAUCAUAUUUACCGCAGUUUCUUAAACUANAUGAUGUAUUCUUGAAUGCAAUUUUUUAG